UACAAUCUAGGAAAGCCUCAAAAAAAAAUUAAAUUAAUUCUCUUUAGCUUCAAAUAUUUUCAUAUUUUUUUUCCAAUUCGAAGCAAUGGAAUCUGAUACAUCUUCUAAUCUUGAGAAUUUGAAAUUAAGUAACAUAGAAGAUCAUGACAUAAUAACUCUGAGGUUACUAGACCUAACAGAUGUUGAUGAUUUUAUGGAAUGGUUUGGUGAUGACAACGUUAGUAAAUUCUGUUCAUGGGACACUUUCAAAUCCAAAGAAGAUGCAAUAUCAUACGUAGUUGAUGUUGCAAUUCCACAUCCAUGGUUCAAAGCAAUUUGCUUAAAUGGCAAACCAAUUGGUACAAUUUCAGUUUCACCUUUUCAUGGUACUAAUAAAUGUAGAGGUGAACUUGGUUAUGUGAUAGCAUCAAAGUAUUGGGGCAAAGGGAUUGCCACAAAAGCAGUGAAGAUGGCGGUGUCCGCCAUCUUCGUAGAUUGGCCCCACUUAGAGAGACUUGAAGCUGUGGUGGAUGUUGAUAAUCCAGGAUCACAAAGGGUGUUGGAAAAAGUUGGUUUUAAAAAAGAAGGUGUUUUGAGGAAAUAUUAUUUACUUAAAGGGAAAACAAAAGAUAUUGUUAUGUUUAGUAUUUUAUCUACUGAUCAAUAUGAGAUCAGCCUAAGGAUGUCUUCAGCAUCCAAGGGUUACGGACCGACCAUAGAAACCUGUUAG